CUACAAAUGGUGGUAGAGAACUGAUGAAAGCGCAGAAACUCCAAAGUCGUGGACUUGGGCACAUUUUGAAUGGGCAUUCAAGCAAGAAUAUAUUCCUAAAGGUUUUUGCGAAGAAAGACGUAAGGAAUUUGUUGAACUACAAUAGGGAGAUAUGACACUCCAUGAAUACUGUCAGAAGUUUACCCGUCUUGCUAAGUCGUUGGUGUCCAUCUUGACCACUGUGGAUUUCGCGGCGGCUUAUGAUCUAAUAGUCAGGGCAGAUAAUGACUUGACUGCUUGCAAUGAGUAUCUGAAAAUGAAUCAUGUUAGUCCAAGUACUCAUCAACCCACCAGUUCUGUUUCAAAAGGGAAAAGGCCUUUCCAAGGACCUAGCAAUUCACAUUUCUCGAAGAAGGGAAAAUCUGUACAAACCCAGUUGAUGAAAUCCGGUAAUAGGACAAAGGGGUGGAAAAAUCCACUGUGUGACAAAUGCGAGAGACACCACCCUCGGGAAUGUUGGCUUGCACAAGAAUUAUGUCUCGACUCUGGAAAGCCUGGACAUUUUCGAAAGAAAUGCCCCACGAAUCCCGGUGAACCAUUUCCACCUGCCCCUGUUGCUAGCCAGUUAGCAUCAGCACGACCUGCGCCAAGUCAACGGUCAACUGCGGGAUCUAAUCCUUCCAAGAAUCAAAACCAGCAGCAAGGACAAGCUCCUGCCUGUACCUAUGCAGUGAAGGCUCGAACUGAGGAAAACCCUGACGUCAUAUAGGGUUGAGUUGUUCUUGAGCGUACUUAGUUUACUCAUAAUCUACUCUAUAAGAGAGCCUCGUUCUUGAGUGUAUUCGUGUUCUUAGACACUUUGAGAGAAAGUAUUUCUCUCGGUAGAUUCAAAGGAAGGGCUGUUUCCUUUGAAGGACUCGUUGAGGUUCGUGUAACUCGAACUCUCAAGUUGUAACGGUUUGUUAAGCACCCGCAAGCUUAACGAGAUAGUAGUGUAGCUCGAGAGAGUCUCUCGGGAGGCUGGAUUAGCCACAAGUUGAAGUGAACCAGGGUAAAAUUCGGGGAAGGAAGAGGAAGAAGACACUGGUGAAAUUUCCCUGAAUCCCCAAAAUCGGCUUGUGCGCCGAUUAAACAAUAGCCGCUGAUUGUUGUGUAG